AUGGCCGGAAGACAGGUCUGUCUCAAACCAGGGUACAAUUCGCUGUGGCCUGCUCCAAGAUUACCAAUAAAGUUGAACAGCACCUCCACUCGUGGGCUGACGAGCAUACACCCACCCCCGAAACCACGCGUCUUCCCCAACUCCGGAUGGGACGCCAUCAGUCCAUCGACCCCAAUCGAAGAAGAGACAAUCCCCACGUACAGACCCGAAAGAUUCUACCCCGUCCACAUCGGCGAGGUCUUCAACUGCCGCUAUCAAGUCGUCGGCAAACUGGGCUACGCGUCCAGCGCGACAGCAUGGCUGUGCCGUGAUCUGAUGGGAAACCGCUACACAACACUCAAAGUCUACACCAUGUCGGCCGCCGACCCGGAGGUCCAGGUGUACCAGCACCUCGACACCAUCCAAUCCAGCCACGCCGAUCUGUCGUGUCUGCGCCCGCUGCUCGACGUCUUCCACGUACACAGCCCAGACGCACGCAGCGUCCACGCUUGUCUGGUGCACCCCCCGCUAGGCCUCAGUCUGGACCAGCUGACUCCGCUGCUCCCGGACGGAGUCAUGAGCAGCGGGAUGGUGAGGACGGCCAUGCGGAACGUCCUUGCAGCGCUGGACUUUCUCCACGCCGAGGCAUUCAUACCGGUUCGUACUGCCUGCAUCGGGAGAGCAUUGCGAUAA